AUGGAAGAAUAUUUCCAGCUUGGCCACAUGAGGAAGGUCAAGAGCGCCACCGUUUCAUCGAAUCACUGCUAUCUACCCCACCAUCCAGUUGUGAAGGAAACCAGUACCACAACCAAGGUUCGCGUUGUCUUCAAUGCUUCCAGUAAAACUUCUACCAGGGUGACGUUGAACGAUGCGCUGUUGGUUGGGCCGAUCAUCCGAGAUGAUCUUCGUUCUAUAAUCAUGAGGAGUCGGACCAAACAGGUGAUGUUGGUAGCGGAUGUUGAGAAAAUGUUCCGCCAAAUCUGGGUCGAUGAGGAGGACCGAACACUGCAGUCCAUCUUAUGGCGAUCGUCACCGGAGGAGGAAAGCAGCACCUUCGAGCUAAACACCGUCACGUAUGGCACGAAACCGGCACCAUUCCUAGCAACAAGACUUCUGAAAUAA